AUCGAAGCAUUAAGUGAUAAAGAUCAAGAAAGUCUACCUGAUGAUGCGAUGGAUAUAUUGAAUAAUGAAGAUCAAGAAAUGAGUAACAGCCAAGGCAUUGUUAAUGAAAGUCAAGAUGAAAUUCAAGAAUUAGUCAAUAAAAUUCGUGAAGUAAAUGUUGAAGAG